UUACUGCUAUGUAUUAAUUCAGUGCAGACGGAGGGCUUUACGUUUUACAAAUGUUUCUAAAGACGUGUGGUGCUUUGAUUUUUUAAACUGUUUGCAACUUCCAAAAAUAUAUAUUCAAAAACGACCACAUUCUUUAAUUUCCCUUUAAAUUACGUAAACCAAAUCUUGUACUAGGGACAUAACGGUAUUUAAAUCUAAAACCACGACUGUACGGAGAUAAACAGCUUUUAAAUAAUAAUAACUGUGUUUUAAUGUCCAAACUUUGGGAUCUAUAGCAGGAAAAAUUAGGAAACACAUAUUUGUUUAUUUGCUUUGCUGAGGACAUCCCUUUAAGGUCCUGCCGGGAGGGGUCCUUCGUCUCCAUGGCAACGCAGUGUACACAGAGAGCGCCAGUGGGUCAGGACUAUCCCAGCCGGCGAUACAGGGAUUAAUCUCAUGUUCGGCAUGUCGGUGCAGAAAGACUGCAAGUUGCCUCCUUUGCCUGUGUCAGAAAGACAAGGAUUGCCUGUAAACUGUCCUGGAGGGAGCGAGAAGCCUGUCAGGAAGAGCCGACAGCAAAGCGAUGAGAUCGGAAGCCUUUUCACCCUGAAGACAGCACACGGUGCUGGAGCCACUGGCUUCCUCUCCACAUGGCCUGCCCACGUGUCCUCACAGAUAGUCCACCAAGGACACAGACAACCACCCGGCAGUGAGAACAGAAUUCGUGGAUGUGGCGAGGAGCUCUCGGGUUUGGUCUCCAAGCCACGUUUCCUGGAACAGCUGGAGAGCUACUUGCGGAGGGAGCUGCAGGCGCUGGACUCCAGCCAGCUCGACGCACCGGAGCGCAGGCUGCAGGCAUACCAGGAAGUGUUUCAGUAUUUCAUCGAAGAUUUAAAAACUUACAAGCCACUGCUUUCUGCCAUCAAGAAUGAAUAUGAGAUUGCAUUAGCCCAUCUGAGAGAGCAGAUCCGUACCCUGGAGCCCCUGAAGGGGAUGCUGGUGGUGGUGUCAGAGCAGUGUGACCAGCGGGUCCUAGCCCUGCGUGAGGAGGAGAGAGCGGAGGUCAAGGCCCUCAAACAGGAGAAGAGCCAUUUGCUGAUGAUCAUCGACAAUAUGAAUGAGAGCAAGAACGCACUACAAGCACAGGUGUCCCGGCUGCAGGAGGACCUGGCAGCUCAGUACCUGCUGUAUCGGGAGGAGAGUGAUGCCCGCAAGCUCCUGGUGAACGACAUCAGCAACAUGAGGUACCUGCAAGAAGAGCACAAGAGCCCUGAGCAAGAAGUGGAGGAGCAGGAGGACGCCGUGCGGGUGCGCCUGGCGCUGAAAGUGGCACGGGAGGACCUGACCCGCCUGCAGGUGGAGCUGAACCGCAUGCAGGCCGAGUAUGGGGACGUCGUGCCCCGGCGGGACUGGGAGAGCCUGGACAGGAAGCACAGGGACACCUUAGGCAAGAUGGAGAUGCUGCAGAAGGACUUCAGUCAGAUGAAGCAGGAGUACGACACGCUGCUGGAGGUGCACCGGCAGCUGGCGGAGCAGAGAGAGGGCCUGCAGGCAGAGCUGGAGCGCUUCAGAGGCAGCUCCACGCCGCGGCCGCGCUGGGAGAAGUGUGCAGAUGUGGUGUCAGGGGGCAGUGAGCGCUGGGCACAGCUGACGGAGGGCCAGUCCAGUGACCAGCUGGUGGACAUUCUUCUGGAGGAGCUGAGAGGAGGACCAGCCAAAGAAAAGGAUUUCUUUGAUGGGCUGGGUACAGGAGAGGAUGUCCCUGUGUACUUGCGCUAUGAGGGACAGAUCAGGAACUUGAAACUCAAGAAAUCGGAGAUAGUGAACACAAUCAAAGAAGUCUGGAAAGACAAAGUCCUUGAGGAUGAGCAGAAAGAGGAGAGGCAGAACCUGGCGGAGUUUCUCCACUCCUUCCUCGAGAAACGGCAUGUGGACGGUGCCACGGAGUGGGCUUACAGCCUGGUGGAGGGAUGCAGGCGACACCAGGAUGACGACUUCAUCAGCCUUUUCUUCAGCAUCCUCCUGGGAAAGGUGGAUGAGAGUGUGUACCAUGGACAGAUUCACCUACUGUCUCACCUGCUGAAGGAGCUAAUCCACAGUGACGCUGCAGAGAGCAGCACUCUGACCAUGCAAGAGUUCAGUGAUGCAUUACGAAGAGCCUUCCCCCUGAAGAUGGAGGCACAGAUUGAGGAGCUGAUACAGGCUGCACAGGCCCAGCUAGGGAGCACCUUCACCUAUCAGGCUUUGUUCACUGAGGAUGCAGAAGGAAAACCUGGACCUUUCCUAAAGCUGGUGAAAAAACAGGCGAAUGCAGAGAAGCACAAGUACCUCACUGAACUGAGAGCUCAGCUGGGCAGCAAAGAACAGGUUGAGGUUGCGGACCUGAAGACAGCGUUUCAAAGCAUCGACCCCUCGCUGGAUUCCCAGAUACUCGACCGCUAUCUGUCCGUGGCCUUCCAGACGCGGAGCGAUCGCCUAGAACAGGCUGCCCCCGUGGACACAGACUCUGCUCUGCAACGCCUCCUGGCAGCUCAUGUCAAGAGGGCAGGUCCUCUGCCCCCACAGGACUGAGCCACUGCCAUUUGUUUUAUGGUGUCACGUAACUUGAUCCAUUAUAUUAUGUUUUUUCCCCAUAUUAAAUACUUUGCCCGAUUAUCAAGAAGGUAAUUCCUAUUCAGUAAAAUACCCACCAGAAUUGGCAAUAGUUGGACAUCUAAUGCUUUUCUGUAUUCCAACCCCUUAUUAAAUGAUGCAGCCACCUGCCAAAAAUACUCCACCAAGGUGUUUGGCAUUGUUAAGUUUAAAUUAAAUGCAUGAAUGUAAUAAUUA